CAGGCGGCAGUCGCGCGGCGCGCGUCCGCCGGAGCAGCCGUCGCUCCGUGUUCAUUGCGUCGCGGACGUAUAACUUCGCGGUCUCGCAACUAUCCAGUGAUUGUUUUUGUUUACUUCAACGUAGAUUUUAUUUUCUUGGAAUAUUAAAUAUCUGUUACUUAUAUUUCAUCUACAGAAAAAAAUUAGAUUUCUAUAUUAAAUCAUAGCUCUCCGGAUUUUAAUAGCUACCCACGAAAAAUAAUAAUUAUAGAUUUGAGCAAUUUAACGUUUUAAGAGCAUAAUAUGUAUCAAUAAUGUUCACCCGUUUAAUAAGUAGGUAACUACUCCGUGGUAACUACUUAUUUGAAUGCUGCUAUUAUCUGUGGCUCCUACCUAUUAUAUUUUGAACUUUUGUAACAACUACGUUGCUUUGCUGCUCAAACUUGAUAUACCUAUUGGAAUAUCGGACGCGAAACAAUUGUCCAUGAGUAUUUGAGUGUAUCAGAUCCAGGUUGUGGAUGCGUCCCGUGCGGGAUGGCGGCGCGCCGCCUGGUGUUGAACGGUCUUACGGCGGAGGUCGGGGCGGGGGUAGGCAUCCCGUGCGACGGCACGCACAAGGAUGGGUCGCCGGAUUCGCUGGAGUUCUACCACGAGCUCGAGCUGUACCGCCAGCUGCUGGCGCUGCCACCGCCCGUGCCCGACUCCCCAGCCUCACCCCCUCAAUCGCCUGUUGUGAGGAGAGCCAAGACGCCAGAUCCACAGCCAGCUGUCAAAGAUCACGAGCCGCCCCCCCGCCGCAGCCGCACCCCCGGCGCGCGCCGCCUCUCGCCCGCAGCCCGGCCCGUCGCACGCGCAGCUUUGUACCUGGGCUCGUUCGCGGUGGAGGCGGAGACGCGAGCCGAGUCCCUCUCCGAGCGGAUACAGCUGAUGAAGGAGAGUGCGGACGCGGCGCCCGCGCUGGUGGUGGUGUCGCCGCACGGGCUCAGGGUGUGCGACCCCGCAGACCAGAGUGCGCGCAUGACGCACGCGUUGCGGCGCAUCUCGUACGCCGCGUGUGACGCGCCGCAUGCGCUGUUCGCGUUCGUUGCGCGCGCGCCGCACCCCAACCCCGACCGCUACUGCUACGCGUUCCAGACUGACACGCCUGAACAGGCAGAGGAAUUAAACGCCCUGGUGGGAGAUGCGUUCCGAAUGGCGUUCGCGUCGCAACUGCAGCCCUCCGCGCCGCUCUGGAGUAAGGAGCUAGGCGAAUGCGGCAUGGGCGUGCGCGCGCCCGACUCCUUGCCUGGUUUGACGCAUCAUUAUACUCAUCGUGGAGAACGAUCCCCAUCGAAAUGCGACAUAAUGGGCGUGCAGAAACUAGUGAACGAAGCGAGUCCCAGCAGCUCAGAGGAGUCAAACUCCCCCACAGAAAUAAACUGCUAUCGGAGGUUGGGUGACCGGCCUCCUCUGAUGAAGAGGAUAGCCAUGGGCUUCAGUGGCGCAUUGCUUCAGCCGUCGGACGAUGAUUCGACGCCAUUGGUUGCUGACACACCUACGACGCCCACAAACGUGCCGCUCUGCCUCAACGGCGGCUACAUCAACGAGGCCUCAGAGGCUGAGGCUCGCACCAGGGAGAGCAACCGUGACCCGCCCGUCGCGCUCCCGCGGAGGAACGACAGCUUGCACAACGAUCUCGAUGCGGACUUUAGAAGAUGUACUAAUAUUAAGAUGAACAACAGUCCAUCAGGUCCUUGCAGUCGUACAACGUCGUCCUCAUCAGGGGCGUCGUCGUGCGGCGGUGGAGGUUCACACGCCUCUGGCAACAAUAACGUGCCUCGCGCUGAACCGGAGUUGAGGCAUGCGCCGUGGUUCCAGCAGGGCAUCCCUAGAGAGAUUGCACUGGAGGUUUUAAGCAGUCAAGCAGUGGGCGCGUUCCUGGUGCGCGGCAGCACCACGCAAGCUGGAUGCUAUGCGUUGUCUGUGAGAGUGCCACGGGACUUCCAGCCUUCGGGCAUCGCGCAUUAUCUCAUAUUGCGGACGCCUAAGGGCUAUAAGAUUAAGGGCUUCACAAAGGAGUUCACAUCGCUGUCAGCGCUGGUGACGCACCACAGCGUGAUGCCGGAGCUGCUGCCGGUGCCGCUGCGGCUGGCGCGCGCGGCGCCGGGCCGGGCGCCGCACCGCCGCGAGCACGCCGACAUCGACGCCGUCAGCCCGCACCCCGCGCUGCAGCACUCGCCGCGACACGCCAACACCACGCCGCAUCCCCACCACCAUCUGCAGAAUUUCCUCGCGCAACUCGAUGUUUAAUCAUUCUGUUUGAACCUGUACACGUACCACGCUGUUUACGAGUAAAUAUACUGGUGUAAGUGUUAUUAAGAAUAAUUUUACGGCAAUCGUAUGAAUUUUGGUUACGUUAAUUUCGCAAAUUACGGCUUUCAAUCCCAAGAUUCAUGUUGCCUGCUGUUGACUUUAUUUUGUGAGCCACUAACAUGAAACAAGAUAUUUAGCAUUUAUAAAUAAAGAUGUACUUUAAAUAGCAAGCCUCUUGUUCGAAUUUCUGUUAUAUAUUGUGUGUUUUAAAAUAAUUUUAUGAUUAAAUACUAGUCUUAAAAAUUGACAUAAAUUUGAAAGUUUGUAGGUACCGACUUAAAAAACGAGAAUGGUCUUGCGUACCUAUGUCGCGAUGUUUUAUUUUUUAAUCUAUCUUUUGUAAUCUUAAACAUUUUCCUAAAACCACAUAUGUGCCUUUUUUGAGAAAAAGAAAUUACACCAGUCUCUCACACGCAACAAAUAUCGUAAAUCAACAAUUAAACAUAUAGAACAGUUAGCCAUAGCAGAUGCAAUCCCAUAUUAAAAAAAAUAAUUUGAAAAGACAGUAGAAUUCGUACCUUUUCAAAAGCCUAAUUGUACUCGUAUUUAAGCUGUGCAUACAAUCAUGUCAAUAGUUUAACUUUUCUAUGUAAGUAGCAACACAAUACAAAUUUUAGCAUAGACUCCAAUAGGUGUAUCAGUAAUAAUAAACCAAGCAUGACUAUAACAAUGAAUAAUAAAAUAUUGUAUAGAUUUUCAUAAUUUAACUUGAAUGUACAAUCAAAAAGUUUCGAAAAUAUUACCCAUUAAUUGUAUUAUAUCUUAUUGUUAAAUCACAUAUUGUAAAUUGCAUUGCAUACGAAGUGUAAAAACUCACAAUUUAUAUUAAUGUGGUUUUAUGAUGUUAAAGCAUUGUUUAAAAACAUUUUAGCGUUUUUACGGAAGUCAUUAAAUUAUUGUGCGUUGUCUAGUUACUAGUUUCAAUAUAUUAUAAUAAAUUGUGAUAUCAUCAUAGAAAAUGUAUGUAAAUGUAUGUAAUAUAUUGAAUGUUUAUGGAUCGUAAGUGUAUAAAGAUGUGUCAUAUUGUGUGAGUUAGGGUGUGUUCAGAGUGUAUAUAGAGCGGUCGGCGUCACGUGGUAUUGCGCUUACGAGUACUUCAAUGCAGGUGUCGACAUGAGCUUGUUUGGGAAAUGCAAAAGCGACGUCUUGCUACUAAAGGACUAUUCACAGUUAAUGGUGGGUGAUGGUGCCGCCCUCUAGCGUGAUAAAAACGCAGUAAUAUUCCAAUAAAAAUAUCAUUAUGUCGACGUAUAAAUGUAUCAAAUUAUGUUUUAUCGCACCGCAUGUCGGCGCCGACUCGGUCUUUGGUCUGAAUUCACCAGAUGUGGAAUUGCGAAAUAUAAAUGGAAGUAUUUAUUUUAAUUCGCGCUGUAAUAUUAUCGUGUACGUAUUUUCUAGUCUUGUAAAAGUGUACAGUUGUUAAAGAAAUAUUAAUGAAUAAUGAUUGUGAAGCCCAAAGUUGUUGUAUGCUGCAAAUGUCUUUGAUAUUUUUUUGACAAACGUGACGGGUAGAAAAAAAAAUAUUUCAGUGUUUAUAAUCCCGUAACGAACUGAUUUAGACAUGCGAUAUGAAAACAAAUUAAAUUAUGUUAUGUUAAAACGCCUCGUUUAGAUGGUUUUCUUUGUAACAAAAUCAGGUAAUAUUCAUAUGUCGGCAUUAUAAAAUUUAUUAGCAUUUGCGGCAGUCAACAACAAGAAAAGGAUAUAUUGUAUUGUAAUCGAGUUGCCUUUUAGCGAGUACCUACACAGCUCCACGGUACCGGCAGGGCUCAAUGAGGAAACAUAUUUUUUAAAGAGAAAGUGAUAAUGGGACAUCCCCCUCAAUUACAUACAGACUUUUGCUGGUAUAGUUGUACCAUAUGAGUAAAAGAAAUAAAUAAUGAUCAUAUGUAUAUUUUUACAAGAAUGACGCUUAUUUAAAAUCGUUAAAAAUUAUAUGUAUAUGUGCUAAUGGUAGCACAAUUUAGGAUUCCGGAGACAGCGCGAUGUGGAGAAGAAAAAGUAGAAAAACAGGCUCGAUGCUUAACGGCUAGGAAAGAACCAGUGAAACGACAGAGAAGGAGAGAGACACAUUUUAUUGUAAAUUAAUUGUGUUUGUUAUAAAACAUGUUCUCAUUGGCCCUGCCGCUGUUGUCGACACUGCCUUAGCACAUUGUAUUAAGUGAUAAUACGUUAUAUCGGUAGUUUAGUCUAUUGAUGUUAACCGCAGGCUCUAUAGAUCGCAGUCGAUUGUACUGAUUCUUUGGAAAUAUGGAAAUAUUUUCACAUAUUGCUGAAAACGCACGAUAUACUGAAAAGUUAUUCAUUUUCUACACACGAGAGUGUGUAUUAUAAGUAGCAAUGUGCUGUUUCAGACAUUUUCGAGAUUGCACGGCAAUAGACAUGAAAGAUUCUCGGAAAAUUCCGAGUUUCGUCAGAAAAUUUCUUAAAAGAAAUUUCUGAGAACAGCAAAACACAUUUCGCUACGGUACAUCUCAAUUUGUAUCUAACACUGGUGACAGAUUCUGUUCAAGUCUUCAUCUGAUGUGACAUUUUGGAUUACGACAUACCGUUGCAUACACAUACAUAUUUGCUAAUGUUAGCGAUGAAAUAUUGUGUUUUCAGCAUAGUAUUUUAAGUGUGAAACAAAUCGCAAUUUUAUUGUUUUUUCAAUAAGAAUGCAAAAAUUUCGCAUAUAUUUUGAACUGGUCUUUAAUUUCUCCUGAUAUCUGUUAUUGAAAGGAAAAAUUACCUUCGCUGUUAACUCUUGUAAUUAGUAUGUUGUAGACAGACAGAAAAGGAGUAAAUCAUAUCGGAAAUUGUUCAGAAUCAAUUUACUAAAUAAUAGAUAUAGUAAAGACAGA